CCGGGAGGGGGAGUGUGGGCUUAUCUGGCUGUGUUUAAAAGCAAGGGGCAAGGAGCAGAGGAGCACUCAUUCUCCACAUCCACAGCAGCAGCCACUGACACGAUUAAACUCACAGUUAAAUCCCGCCGGACCACCAGAAAGUGUCUCUAAAAUGCAGCGCCGGUCGCUCAUGUCCGUCCCCCUGUCGCUGGUGCUCCUCCUGAGCUGUUGCCUAGCAACGGAGGCCAACCGCGUCUACAUCCACCCCUUCUACCUCUUUGCCGCCGACAACGUGAGCUGCGAGACCCUGCAGACGGAGGCCUCCCAGCCCCUGCGGACCCUGACCCUGGCGCCGCUGGACGCCGCUGUGCUGACGCCCGAUGCCCGGGACCCCACCGUGAGGGACGCCCCCCCGCAGAACGUCACUCAGAGGACGGCCGUGCUGGCCGAGCUGCUGAACACGCUGGGGGUCCGCCUGUACCAGGCGCUCAGCACCAAGCGGGGGCCCGCCAACACCCUGAUGUCCCCCGUCAACACCUACGGCUCGCUGGUCACCUUCUACCUGGGGGCGUCCGUGAAGACGGCCAGCUCGUACCAGGAGCUGUUGGGCUUGAACCGAGUCACGGACCCCAAGGACUGCGUGUCCCUGGUGGACGGACACAAGGUGCUGAAGACCCUGCAGGGCAUCACCUCCCUGGUGGACGACGGCCCCGAGGACGAGAUCGUCACCCAGGUCUGGGCCUUCGCAGGGCCCCCGGGGGCCCAGCUCUCCGAGGACUUUGUCCAGGGCACGCAGGACUUCUCCGACGCGUCGUUCACCCGGGAGGUGGACUUCUCCCAGAGCCAGGAGGCGGAGGCGCUGGUGAGCGGGUUUGUGGAGAAGACCUCCGAGGGGAAGGUGAAGGACGUCUUCAAAGACCUCAGCCCGAGCGCCAACCUGCUGUUCAUGAGCUCCUUUGUGUUUAAAGGAAACUGGAAGACAGCCUUCCAACCAGAAAGGACCUCACCACAGGAGUUUCACGUAGACGACAACACCACAGUGACGGUCCCGCUGAUGACCCACACUGGGCCGUACUACUACUUCAACGACAAGGUGAGGCAAUGCACAGUGGUGAAGCUGGCUCUGAGCAAGCGCUCCUAUAUGCUGCUGGUCCUGCCCAAUGCGGGGAUCAAGCUCAAGGACAUCGAAGGAAAGCUUCGCUCCGACGUCAUCACCGAUUGGCACCGGGACCUACAGGAAGGUCAGCUGGAGCUGUCCCUGCCCAAGUUCUCCCUGUCGUCAGUGACGGACCUCCGCCAGCUGCUCGGCAACACGGCGGCCGAGUUGGAGGACAGCCUGCUGGGCUCCGAGGCGGAGUUCGACCGACUCAGCAGCAGCAAACCCUUCAUAAUAGAUAAGGUUCUCAACAAGGUGCAGUUUGAGAUGUCAGAAGAAGGAGCAGAAAGCGAGGACAGGAACCCGGAAGGGGGCGUGCCCCUGAAGCUGACCAUCAAUCGGCCCUUCUUCUUCUCCGUAACAGAAGGACAUUCUAAUGCCAUCCUCAUGCUGGGGAAGAUCACCAAUCCUACGCUCUAGGGAGUUUUGUAGGAGCUUACGAAAUAUUACUAAGUAUUAUCCAAAGUAAUAUAACGGCCAGUUGCCCUAAGAAUACGUUACCAUCCACUGAAGAUAAAAUCCAUUGACAAGCAGUACUUCCUUAUUUUUUCUCUCUGUCACAUCCUCUGCAUAUUAGUCUUGUGAGAUAGCACACGAGGAGAUGAAGCACAAUUGAAUGACCUAUGACCAAUGAGCUUUUAACCAUUAAUCAGUAUUCACACUGAAGUCAUGCUUAGAGCUAAGGAGCAAAACAUUUCCUCUGUAAAGUUAUAUAUUGCAGUGUUCUGUACAGUAUGUGAUUUAAAGUAGGUCCAGUAGAAUCUGUUUCUGUGAUGAAUGACUGAUGUCUUUGUAUAUCAUGUAAUAGAGUAUAUUUUUGUUUGUAUACAAUGAUUUUUGAAAUAAAGAUUUUUUAUCUCAAUGUAGUAA